AUGAGGUCUGUCAACACGCCGGCUAAUCCAAAGACGCGUGCGACCUCACACUGGGCCUGGCUACAUUCUCACCAGCCCUCACACAAUCAUAUCUCCCCUCAUACGUCGGGACGCACCCGGCCACGUAUGGGGUCUGUCAACACGCCGGCUAAUCCAAAGACGCGUGCGACCUCACACUGGGCCUGGCUACGUUCUCACCAGCCCUCACACAAUCAUAUCUCCCCUCAUACGUCGGGACACACCCGGCCACGUAUGGGGUCUGUCAACACGCCGGCUAAUCCAAAGACGCGUGCGACCUCACACUGGGCCUGGCUACAUUCUCACCAGCCCUCACACAAUCAUAUCUCCCCUCAUACGUUGGGACGCACCCGGCCACGUAUGGGGUCUGCCAACACGCCGGCUAAUCCAAAGACGCGUGCGACCUCACACUGGGCCUGGCUACAUUCUCACCAGCCCUCACACAAUCAUAUCUCCCCUCAUACGUCGGGACGCACCCGGCCACGUAUGGGGUCUGUCAACACGCCGGUUAAUCCAAAGACGCGUGCGACCUCACACUGGGCCUGA